UUUCCAUCAAACCUGCUAUCUCCUGGAUCGAAGACGGGCAUCACACAACAGCACACCUCCCAGGAAUAUCGGCCAAAUACCAUCAAAGCAAGAUCAAUAAAGCUUUUCUUUCUCGCUGUUCUGUCGCUGCUCUUGAUCUUCAGUCAUCCGCUCAACACUUAUACAUGGCCCUUCAAUCUUUUUGAGCGAAAUCCUAAUACAUGCUGUGCGUCGCAUAGCAAAUCUGCCCCUGGGAAGCUGGGGGCUGUUGCUAGUGAAAACCACAUCUGCUCUCAACAUGGAGUGGAUAUAUUGAAGAAGGGCGGCAAUGCCGCAGACGCCUUGGUUGCGACCGAGCUCUGCGUUGGUGUAAUUGCCAUGUACCACAGUGGAAUUGGCGGAGGUGGAAUCAUGCUCGUCAGGAUGCCAAACAAUAGCUACGAGGUUAUUGAUUUCAGAGAGACCGCUCCGGCUGCAGCGUUCAAAGAUAUGUAUGAACAUAAUAAAAAAGCCUCUUUGCGUGGUGGACUGGCAAGCGGAGUGCCUGGUGAGAUUCGAGGUCUUGAAUACUUUCACAGCAAGUAUGGUGUUCUCCCUUGGUCGACUGUCGUACGACCAGCUGUUCAAACAGCCCGUGAAGGGUUUCCUGUCGGAGCGGAUCUUAUCAGAUAUAUGAACCAUGUCACUGACUCCGAGUCGUUGUUUGUUAAAAACCCUACAUGGGCCAUUGACUUUGCUCCAAACGGAACCCGGCUGCAGCUAGGUGACACAAUGACUCGGCGCCGAUAUGCGGAUACUCUGGAAGCUAUUGCAAAGCAUGGAAGCAGAGCUUUCUACUCGGGGCCUAUCGCAGAGGCAAUGAUUAGCGCUCUACGAAAUGAGAAUGGUACAAUGACGCUUGAAGAUCUAGAAAGCUACACCGUGGCUAUUCGGAAUAUCUCACGGAUUGACUAUCGUGGGUAUAAGGUCACAAGUACAUCGGCUCCUUCUAGCGGGUCUAUCGCCUUGUUUAUUCUCAAAAUCUUGGAGCAAUACAAGGAUCUGUUCUCGAGAGAGCAAUCGGUGAAGCUCAGUACGCAUCGCAUGAAUGAGGCUAUUCGAUUUGGAUACGGCAGAAGAGCCUAUCUGGGUGAUCCUUCAUUUAUUGAUGAUAUGGCAAUAUACGAAGAGCAGACACUGGACCAAGCUACAGUCGAUGCCACUCGAUCUAAGAUCUCAGAUCACCGCACCCAGAAUAUAUCAGCUUAUAAUCCUGCCGGAUUAGAAAGCUUAGAGACUCCUGGAACCUCACAUAUUGUAGCAGUUGACAAGAGUGGCCUUGCAAUUUCUUCAAUUUCUACUAUCAACGAGGUCUUUGGUAGUUACGUUAUGGUUCCAGAGACUGGCAUCAUCAUGAAUAAUGAAAUGAACGACUUUUCUAUCCCUGGAUCGUCGGAUCUAUUUGGAUAUAUUCCCUCCGAAACAAAUUACGUCUCUCCUGGAAAACGCCCACUUUCUUCUAUCACACCAGUAAUAAUAGAACGAGCUGAUGGUACACUGCACUUAAUCACAGGAUCCGCAGGUGGCAGUCGGAUCAUUACUGCGACUGUUCAAAAUGUCAUCCAUUCGAUUGAUGAAGAACUCUCGGCUGCGGAUGCACUAGCUAGACCACGUUUGCAUGAUCAACUGGUACCGAACCAAGUCACCUUUGAGUGGGAUUAUAACAAUGAUACGGUUGCUUCCUUGAAAGGUCUUGGCCACGAAGUUACUUGGGUUGCACCUGGACAGAGUAAUGCUCAAAUGAUUAGAGUCCUGCCCAAUGGAACCUUUGAUGCUGCCGGUGAGCCGAGGCAAGUCAAUUCGGCUGGAUACUCAGUCUAG